UCUCUCUCUCUCACGGUUGACUUUUGAAAAUCCACAUCAAAUAAACCAUUUCUUUGGGACACUUCCAUGGCUGACCAACCCCAAUUUUUUCAUCUCUCAAAUCACUUGUUCCUCUUCUCCUCUCAAUCUGGAUCAUGAACACCACAUCGGGCUCGCAUGAUGACGAACUUCUAGGAUCCAAAAACAUUGGUAGCUUUGGAUAUGGCAUAGGGGUGUCAGUUGGAAUCCUCCUCCUUAUCACCACCAUCACUUUGGCUUCCUAUUUCUGCACCAGGACUCGACCGUCGCAAGAAGUGCGGUCUAGGAGGACCAGACAGGAGCCUAAUAUCGAUCCCGAUAGCUUCGUUGUCGACGUAGGCCUUGAUGAGGAUACCAUAAAGAGCUACCCAAAGCUGCUUUACUCGGAGGCGAAGCUCCAGAAGAAAGAUUCUACAGCUUCAUGUUGUUCCAUAUGCUUGGCGGAUUACAAAAGCAGUGACAUGCUAAGGUUUUUGCCCGACUGCAACCACCUAUUCCAUGUCAAGUGUGUUGACCUUUGGUUGCGAUUGAACCCGACAUGUCCGGUUUGCCGGACAUCUCCGAUCCCAACACCCUUGUCAACGCCGCUUGCGGAGGUGGUUCCGUUGUCAAGCAGACAAGGCGGUUGAUGUCAACAAAAGUGUUAGUUCUACAUUUGCUCAAUUCCUCAUCAUUAUUCACUCAAUGUAAAAUUGUUACAAGGCAAAAGAUCUU